CAAAUCGAUCCUAAUCAAAACAUUUUAAAAUGUAACAUUGUACUUAUGUUACAAUUAUAACAACACAAGAAAAUUCGUAAUACCGUGUAGAUAGACACUCAAUAAUUUCGAGUUGAAUGGCAUUAUUGAUGCAUGUUCAUGCGAAAAUUUAAAUUAAAAAAAGAAGUUAAUGUGAUGCACGUACAUAGAGUUUAAAGACCCGAAUCUCUCGUUAGGUGACCCACGAAACCGAAUGAAUCUAAAUGGGACCAAACCCGACCCGACUCAGCUUGGCCCCACCCAUGCUUAAGUCUCUGUUGCCUUCACGUGAUGCUCAGCUUCGUUGCAGUUGCACCCCAUCAGCCGGAGAAUAAAACGUCCGGCCACCUAAGCCUUGUCUCUUUGUCUCCACUCUCUCAUGUUUCGCCACUUGGACUUUUCACUCCUUUCUUCCCUCCUUCGCCACGUCUCUUCCACCAUAUUUCCCGAAAUACCCUCAUAUUUUCGCUCAUAAGAGGGGUAAAGUUGUAAAAUAGCUUCGAGAACAAGAUUACAUGAGCUGUUCUGUCUGAUUUUGAGCAAUAAACGACAAAAACUUAAAGUUGCUUGAAGUUUCCGAAUCACGAGGCUCCAUUUCCCUAAACUCAUUGUAUAUAUAAAGCCCCACGAAGCAUGUAUCUCCUUCAAAACACAAACAAGAUCUUCUCUAUCUCCCUUUCUAUCUACAAACUUUCUUAAACUCACGAGUCAAAAUUACACGAAAAUGGGAACGUGCAGUUCAAGUGAAUCUCGGAGAACAGAGACGGCGAAGCUGAUUCUACCAGACGGAACAUUACAAGAGUUUUCAUCACCUGUAAAAGUAUGGCAGAUUCUUCAAAAGAACCCCACGAGUUUCGUUUGUAACUCCGACGAUAUGGACUUUGACGACGCCGUUGUAGCGGUGGGUGGCAGCGAGGAUCUCCGGCCUGGAGAGCUUUACUUCGUUUUACCUUUGACAUGGCUUAAUCAUCCACUAAGAGCAGAGCAAAUGGCGGCUUUGGCGGUUAAAGCGAGCUCCGCGCUUACCAAAAGCGGUUGGAGUUGUGGUCAUGACGGUGAAGGGAGAAGGGUCUCUGGUGGUGAGUGUAGAGUUAAGAGAGUGAAGAGAAAUGGGUGCGGCGGAAGAGGGAAAAGGAAGUUUACGGUGGAGUUAAGUUCAAUAGCAGAGUAGGAGUAAUUUGGUCAGAAGAUGUGUAAAUUGUAAUUAGAGAGUUUGACUUUUUAUAUAUAUAGUUUUCUUUUUUUUCUU